CAGGCGGCGAGGGGGUGCGGACGCUUUUGAGCGGCCGAGCGUUUGGGACAUUUAAUUUUUCCACGGGACCACGAUGUGCAAACACGUCAGUAAUGGAGUGUUCAGCAUUAUCCAAUGCAAGUGGAACGAAGACUAAACGUGUUGAGCCAGCUAGAGUAUGAGGACGGCACAAACGGCAAAAUAAAAUUAAUGCCCACUAAAAUGAUGGAAACACGAUAUUACGAGGGUUGUGGCCGGGAAGGCCCAAUACGGUGCAUAUUUCUCGGUGAAUUCCACACCGUGGCAGGUCCUAAGAUUUCGUGUCAGUUUCCAGAGGACUACAUCUCCAAAGAAGUUUUUGACUCAAUCAGUGCAUUUAUAAUACCCAAGCCUCAGAUCCAGAGAUGUUCCAUGACUAUAAAUGCCCUUGGCCAUAAGAUUGUGGGCUAUCCCAUACGAAUAGACAAUCCAAGAUAUGAGAGAAACAUCUACCUGUUCAACAUCUGCUUCGUGUGUGAUAGCUGGUCCAAGACUGUGCAGUACGAACCAGUUGUCAAGAAGCUUGGGGAACAUCUGACAAUAAUGGAAGAGGAGACUCGGUUCGUGUCGAGCGGAUCGAGUAAGCUGCCGACCCUCCUGGCACACCUUCUGCAUGACCUGAACACUCAUCGCAAGGCCACGCUAGUCGAGGGUGACACUGUCAUGCACCUAAAAGUGCUGGAAGUGCGCAAAGACCCGCCACCAGUUUUCGACCACCACGUGCCGGUACUAGUGGCCUCAGUAGGCCUACCCAGACCCGGCCGACCUCGACGUACUACCCCACCUGAGGGUUCAGAACCCAUCCAAAGCCAGGAACAUCUUGAUGUCGAUGAUGAAGAACCAUUUGAGAUCGACCUAGAAGCCGAAUGGGACUUAACAACUAGGCAGCUUCUACCAUACAUUGACGGUUACAACCACGUGUCGAAAAUAGCGGCGGACACUAACGUAGAGAAGACCCUGGUCAAGUCCUGUAUACAGAAUUUGGUCUACUACGGCGUGGUUACACUACUUCCCGUGAUGAAGUUUAGCAACAUGUACCGAGCUACUCCCAACCUGAGCCGACUGUUCAGCGACCCUGAACUGCAGAAGUCUUGCUUAGCCUUCAUCAGCAAAGGGAAUGACUCCAAGGAAAAGCCUACAAUAUCGGACGUGUUGGAGAUCCUGUGCGCGCUGCAGCAGGGCACCACCUUGCGCACAGUGUGCGAGAGGCUCACCACCUCGCCCGGCCCCACGUUCGAUAUACGACGACUUGUGGUCUAUGCGCAACUGCACGGCCUCAUAAAAUGCCUUAAAAAGUACCCGGUAUAUCUGCGCAAUCCACCGCGCCCGAACGGGUUCAACAACCGCGUGGAUCCUAUCCUCGGCAUCCGGCGGCUCUUCACCGGCCGCCAUUGUGCUGAUGAGAUCUGCUGCAUUGCACGCAUAGACCUGCCCACCCUCGACCAGAUCAUAGAGGACGAUCCAAAUAUAUCCAUAAUUUGGAGGUAAUCCUCCAUUGUCUAGGUUAGGUGUCGGUUCGGUUGUAAAUGGUCGCGGAUUUCUUAUUCACUGUAAGGCUUAUUGCUGACUUCAAUAUGGGAGCUCAACCAAUUUUGUUUUACUCAAUAAAUUGUACGUUAAAUGUUUUUUUUUGCUACGUGUAGCGGGAUCCACGCAAUGCCUGAAACUUUAUUUAGUUCAAACUGCAAUCAGACAGGACUUGGAUAGCUCUAAAUUCAAUAAUAUAUUCAAAUAUAAAAUUAUCAUCUCUCUUUAGGAAUUAAAAUCAUGCAAAAUCGGAAACUAAAUCCAUAAUGUUUAUAUACAAUAUAUGCAAUCUUUUCGUUAUACUUUUGGCUCAGUCAUUUACAAAAUUCAAGUUAGAUACGUUUGAGAAACUAAAUUAAUUUAAAUAGAAUAAUUGGCCUAUAUAAUAUAACAUUAGAUCAUGAUUCGGACGUAACUUGCACCAUCACGUCUAUAUAUUCCCGAAGGAAUCGACAGAGGAGUACACUUUAAAAUAUGUACUAGAUACUAUUCUCCAAUUACGUCAGGAAUUCACAUGCUAAAAGAUAAUUAAUCAAAAUCAACAGAUAACACAGUCCACGCCCGUGUCUACGGCUUUGCGUUGAGCCCACUGCACGUUGUAUCCUUAUACAUUAGCGAAUGUUAUUUCUUAUUUUAAACUCAAUUUGUUUUACUACCACAUAGGUAGCAAAUAAGUCCGUUAUCAGUCUUACAGUGAACUAAAAACUCCGCGUUGCUGGGCUUACUGUAAGUCGAGAGCUAUGCGAAACACCUAAUAGGGUAUAAACUCGAUGCCAGCAAGAAAAUCGAUGCUAUACUCCACUGUAUUUUGGCAGACAAAGUGUACCAUAUAUGAUCGACGUAAGUGUUGGAGAUAUACAGUGGAGCAUGGGAUGGGUUUUAACUAGCCUCUUCUGAACUACACCUAACUUUUAGGGCGACCUUACACCUGUAAGUUUAACUCAAGUGAGUUGGGCUUACAAGUGUAACGCCUCCCAUAAGGUAGAGUAGCCUAGCGUAGAUCACAGAGUUUUAUUCCUGUUAAAGCUAGACUGAAAAGUCUGCGUAGUUUAGUAAAAGCGAUACAUUAAGGUGAUGUAAUAUUGUGUAUCGUGGCAUUCACGUGCUUUGAAAAAUGUCGCUUACUUGUGACCCUGUACCGCUGUAUUAUAUUACGACUAUAGCUGCUAACUAUCGGCUCUGUGAUCGGCUCAGCGAUGUCUGUAUCGUGGUUGUAGCGACAUCUAUUCACAUUUUUUAUGCCAGAGACUAAUUUGACACUUGCGAAUUUCAAAUAGAAUUAGUGUUACCUUACCUCGCCUUUUGUGUGUUGUUGUCCAUACGACACAGUUAUAUUAACAUGGCUUUUAUGUUAUAUUAUUUACACAAAGACAACACGAUUCGUGGCCAUAGCGUGUUCUCCUUCGCUCCUUUGUAUUAUAACUUUGGUCCACUUUAUCAAAACAUUCACACAUAUUACCAACAAAUGCCGAAAAAGACAUUGAAAAUACAAGUUUACGUUAUAUGCGUCUACAUAUCAAGAACUUUGCAAUUGCAUUUAAAACUUAAAAAACCACUUAUAUUUCAGGUUAAAUUACUCUAAAAAUCGAAUCUGAAAAUGUUAUUUUAGUCUCUGUAAUAAAAACAAGACUGUACGACGUCACUUGGUCAACUAAAAAGGGCCGUUUACCAGCUGGUCCUAGCCUAGCUCCGGCCAUGGCGACCAUCCAGCUAGGCCGGGGUUACGCCGUGCUGUCGUACCGCCGCAACGCACGGCGCUGAGCUUAUCCCACGAUCCGAUAGGUGAUGCGCUAUAAGUCGGCAGCCGCCACAAGUUUCGUCAUUAACACAUGUUCGUUAGUUACACCUUGAUUAUUAUAAUUAUCGCGAUUAUUAUUAAAUUACAUUAUUUUAAUUUCUCUUAUAUUCUGUAUUCAAUAGACCACUGCCACUUCAGGCAUUUAUGCUUUUGGAACCUAAAAGUUGCCAGUGUUGUAACACAGUAGGCGUAAUGUAGGUUGGCGUAAUUGUUUACAGUACUGGCAACUCUUAUUUAGUGUCAAUCUUUUAUUUCUUCGCCUUUCUUUUUAUUAUUAUUAUUAGGGUGUAAUACGCUUCGUAGGCUUGCUUGGGUGUGACGAAUAUGACGACUAGAUGAAUAUAUCAAUGUUGCCAAUUCAGAGAUUUAUACAGAUCAUAUAUUUUACAUUUAAGCAGAGUAUAUAUUGAAUGGUUGUUCAUCCACAAAUGUGUAAGGCCUUUCUUUGUUAGCUGAUGAUCUGUCCACAGUAAUCAAUAGCUAAAGUGGAAUCAUUCCAGUGUAACAUAUUUGGUUUUGAACUGGUAUGUCAGAAAAUCUUCCAAAUUAGAAAUUCAAAAUUAAAAUAACACCAUCUUACAUUCGACUACUGUCCGUGACAGAUGACGUCACUUAUUCAUCAAAGUUUCAAGUAAAUUCAUAAGUUAUAAGGAAACUCUUUGAUUUGAAUCAACCGAAAUUCUUCGAUUUUCGUCAAUUAAAAUUAUUCUUUGGUUUUAAUCAUAAAAAAAAUAUAAGUAAAUUCUCUAUUUAAAAGGACUUGGGACCAACAAGUUUAUUCUUUCUUUUCUGUCAUCUUUAAGUAUAUUUCUUUAGUUACACUCAGUAAGAUCAUCAUCAGUUACAGUCAGCGACUGGACAUAGGCCACUGAAUACCACUGAGCUUCCCAAAUAAUUUCAACCAUAUCCAGCCCGCUGCCACGACAAAGACGGACCUUACAUGUUUGUACUAUCACAGAGUUUAAUCGUAGACUACAUAGAAUAUAAGCGUUAACUAAUAUUUACAAAAAGAGUCUAACAUCAAAAUUAGAUUAAGUUAUUGUAUUAUAUGUAGUAUUACUAUUUUAUUUAGGUCCAUUUUUGUAUGUAACAGUAUCCGUACUUAUGCUUUAUGUCUCAUUACAAAACUAUUGGCAGUAAAAUUGAAAUUCAAUGAUUUGGAACCCAAAAUUGAAUAUAAGCAUUCUAGGAAUAAUUGACUCGAAAGUAAAAAUUCUAAAUUCUAAAACGGUGUACAUAAUAGCAUCAGUUCGGGUAUUUUUAUAUUGUAAUAUGCACCUUACCAUCGUUUUUAAAAUGACCAUUUUUUACAGAAAUUUAUCUCAAAAUUUUACCAAAUUGUGUUCUUAGCUUACAGCAUAAUUAUAUCCUUUAUUCUUACAAUUUAAUUAUUGUAUAUAGUUUACAAAAUAUUUUCCUUCAGUUUUGGUUUCAAAUGCACUUAUAUAUUAGUAAAGUAGGAUUUGUACAUAAAGUAGCGAACUGCGGUGAAAUAAAGUAUUAUCUAUCAUUGACGUAGGGGGACCGUGGGGAGUAUCCAUUUAAUAAUUUACUUUCAUGUAAUCACCUUUAUGUAAUGUAUAUAAUGUAGUGUUUCAUUCGCUGUAUAUAAUGCAGUUUCUAGUUUUAGUAUCUAUAAGCGUUAUUUGUAAAGUAUUGAGGGCCUUUAAACACGACAUUUUUAUGUGCAGACCCAUGUCUUGACUAUAACAAUUAUAAUAACAUCGACAAAAUGAAAGACAACUUAUUCAAAGACCAUCUUCACAGAUUCCAUUUUUGAUUAGCACAUGACAACAUUUAAUAGAGGUGCGUGUGCGCAGCCCACCGGUGAAGCCCUCUAUUCGUAACUUCUGUUGUUUGAAGCGUGUUCCAAAUUCACCCAGAUCAAUACAUGUUUUUGCUGUUUUUCUCAAAAAGCAUUCAACGUACCUAGCCAACCUGCAAGAGACAUGUUCACCCCGCGUGUGGUCGCCACUAAAAUAUGUCGUGUGUGAAGGCUCUGUAAAAGUUUAACACAGGAUCCACAAUAUGAAACAUUGUUCUAUAUUAUGUGAAUGUAUAAUUGUCUCACAGCCGAAUUUAAAAACUAAUAUCAAUUGAAAAUCUUCAUAUUAAGAUCGAUUACUAAUUAUGGUUAGGUUCUGUAACCUCAAAACGAGUUUGCUUUACGUUAAACGAAAACGAAACGAGAACGCGAUGGGGCCUCUGAUUGGCCGGCACUGGUGAACCAACCAAUAAGAGCGCCGAACGCGCGCUAUCGUUUCAUUUUCGUUGAACGUAAUAGAAUACUCGUACUAUAAGCCCUCUGAUAAAAAUACGUUCAAAUUUUCACCACCUCAAUGUAGUAAAACUUGUCCUUUACGAAUAACCUUGUAGCUAUAGAGCACGGUGUUAAAGUAAAAGAGACCUUAUCAAGUCCACACUCCACUGCGACAAGGACAAAGACGAAUAAAUAUUUCUUAAAUAUCGUCCAAUUUCGAUUUCAUUAUAUUUAAGGGGGAACCAAAAACAAAUAAAAAAUAAAACUUAUAAAAAAGCCCCCUUAUUUGGAAUGAAAUUCGAUAUCGUGUCUCGUUUACAAUAACACUAGUAUAUCUAAUUAUUCAGCUAGAUAGGGUAGACUCUCAUCACUUCACGUUUUUUUUAAUCAGGCUACGGUUUACGUCGCGACGCGGUCGUGGUCUGAUUCAAAACUCGCGUAAACAUUUAUUUUAUUAGGAUUUCGUUUGUAAAUAUUUCAAAAGCGCGCCUAACAUCUUAUGAAGUAGAAGUAUCCUGAAAUGGUUAGUCCUCCAGUAGAUUGUACAUUCGCUCGGAGUAAAGCCACUAUGGUAAAUAUGUAUUAUAUACUUAUGCGUUUGAAUAUACGUCACACCCAUGCACACAAGCACAUCUAUGGCACAUACAGCCCGACUUUGGAACGUCCGAAAUGAAUGAUCGCGGCUAUUAAUAUUAUACUUACUACUACGACUAGUCAAAACGAAAUAUUAAAUCGAUUUGUUCACUAAAACUACUUAAAGUUAUUCAACGGUAGUACUUAAUCACACAAAAUUCGAUAAAAGUAAUUUUUUUGAAGUCAAAAUCUUUGUCAAUUUCGGAAAACUUUCCAGUUUUUUCUUCAAUCCAACCUUUAGUUGCUAAAGGUUAGCGUUUAGUCCAGAGCAUUUACUUAUUAUUCCAACGAUGUCCAACACCAGAUAUCUCAAUACCGAUGGUGAAUCACUGCCCUUUACAUCACCUCACCUUAAAACCAUGCCAUUCUUGUUCCAAAGCUCACUGUAUGUGCCAUAAAUAUUUUUGUACAAUCUAUUAAUUGACAAUAACUGUUUACUCAUCUGAAUCUACAGAGAAAAGCUCUACUAGUUUCGAAUCACAUCGGGACUCUUAUUUAUGAGCAGCGUGCGCAGACGCAGCCUGACACACAGACGACCCGUGACUUGACACUAGUAGAAUUUUUCUUAGUUUCACAUGAGUAAACUAUUAUUUUCAAUUAAUAAGGCAUAAAUAUUUUAUUUCGCGAUAAACUUUUAAGUUAACUUAUCCGUACUUAAAUACUGAUAUUUAACUUUUAAUUUAUUUUUACACGAAGAACUUUCUUUGGUUCAUCCGCAAAAAUCUCGACAAGUUUUAUUGUUUGUUUUAGGUUGUAAUUUUUUUUUGUUUUAAGAAGUUUGCAAUAUAUAUGUAAUUGAUUGGAAUUAUGUUAGUUGGAUUGAAUGCUCGCGUGCACUGUCAUGUCGGAGCGACUCCUGAGUGGCGGGCCAACGCGCCGUGCUAGGGGACGCGAACAAACCGCGUGAUACACAUACUCACUCGUAAUUCUCUUCUAUCUGAAAUGUAGUCUUAUUCUUUGGACAUGUUGUCCAUCAAUUAUUAUUAUAUCCCUACUGAGGAGAGUCAAUAAAACGUCGAAAUUUUCUAGAAAUUAAGUCACUUGAUCCCAUUUAGUAUAGAAUGUCCGCCUCUACAUAUUCUCAAACGUAUUUUGCUUUAUAAAACGGGAGCGAGUUGGCAGUCGGAAAUUGUUAAAGACGCGGGGUAGUGUAUGUUCGUCAGUAUUGGAUACUUUGCUUAGUACCAGUACAGGCUGAAUAUAUGUAGGCGGUAGCCACCAGACCGUCAAUUAUAUUAUAGGGAAAAGUAAAACGCGUUCUCCCAGUUACACAACACUUUCUCUUAAAGGACGUCCCUGUAAUAACGAAUGUCGGCACUCUGACAAUAUCUAACCAUUUCUUUUUUAAAUUUCUCCCAGUCUCUUUCUUAUUCGCACUCAUCUUAACUAUCUAUAUUUUUGUACAAAAAAAAAACGAAUUUCGGGCAAUAUGUCCAUUAGCACUGUAACACUAUCGAGCUAAACAUUCAUAGAUAUUAAUGGAAUUUAUUAAUUUAACACGGAACAUUGUUUCCACUAUACAUGUGUAUUUAACUAUUAUUUUUUCUAUAAUUUAAGCUAGUGAGAAAAUCGAGCUGUGACGCAAAAUUAAAUUAUAUUUAAAUCGACUCGAAAAUCAUAUCGAUUGAGCUAAAUUAUAAAUUUAUUGAGUAUCGAUUUUUUCGUGAUAAUCAAUCGAAGUCGAAUGAAAAGUGUGACUUUUCGGUAGUAUUUUUGUGCUUAGGUUUUAAUGGAUAACUUUGUGUUUAUCGUAUUCGUAAAUGAUUUUCGAGUAGAUAUAAGAAAUGUGUGGAGAUUGAAUAAAAAAAUAAGAUAUUGUGUCAAGCUGCAAACGCAGCGAUGAUAAACUUGGUCAAGCGGCCCGUGUACCAUCUUCGUGUGGUACGCAGCGCACAUUUGCCGCGUAAUGAGGCCACAAACAUUUCUUAAUUUUUGUAUUAGAUGGAAGGAAACACAUGCAAGGCCACUAUUAUUACACAAAAACACAUUUGACCACUUAAAAUUUGAGCUUAAAUGUCCGGGCAUGAAUAAGCAAGUUAAUACGGUGUAAUCUCUGAAAAUUUGUGUACUUGUCCUAUUAAAUUCUGGGUAUUUGUAAGUUACUCAACUUAAUACAACCGAUUCUAUACUAUUGUACUAUUUGAAAUACAUACAUACGACUUACAUACUUUGUAUAUGUAUAUGAGUGACAAUUAUAAACUUCUUUCUCUACUGAAGCUCUCAAGUCAAGAUGCCCAGUGUAGGACAUGCUAUGCUAUAUAAUAUCUGAAAUGUGUUUCCAUUCUGAAAACAGUAUUAUAUAUUUAGACAUAAGUUGGUGUAUAUGUGCAGUGUACUUACAUUUAGUAUUUAUUGUCUUACAAGCAUACGGAUUUUAGUAUUAACAUGUAUUUUACAGAUACAUUCAUAUUGUAUUUGUAUUCUAGUUGUAUACGCUGAAGAUUGCUGGUUAUUUAGUAUAAGUGUAUUUAUAGGAACAUAUAACCACUCGAAUUUUCGAACAUUAUUUAAUUAAAGGGGUGAAGUACUUAUUUAUACAUCGCAAGUAACCCUUUUGAUAUCAAUGGUAUUUCUAAAGAUUCCAAUUCAUUAAGAUAUUACUAAUUUGGAUUCUAAUGAAAGCUCAUAAGGUCACAAUUUAUGUGCACUGCACUCUUUAAAAUAUUUAAUCAGCUCGGGUUACUUCUCAGUCCCGGCAAAACAAUAUCGAAUAUAAUAAUAUACUCUAUAAGUAUGGCGUGUUUACGUCUCUAUUAAUCCAGUAUUGACCAGGUGUAUCGAAUACCUUGUCAUUCCAUAGGUCAGACAAUGAUAAGUACAUUUUGCUCAAGAUGACUUAUUAUGCAGUUAAUGGAAUUUAAUUGCUUGUCCUAAACUUAUGAAUUGGGUAGUUUCCUCAGUCAAAAAUAAAGACAAUAUAAUAGUGAAAAGUAAUCACACUUUCAUGAAUAGAUUUGAUGAUCUACUUAAUUUUGGAGCAAAGUUUAUAAAAACAAGUCUUUUAACUAAAAAAUCAUGAGCAACGUGCGCAGACGCAGCGACGUCGGUAUGCCUAAGUCUGCUGUUUGAAGUAAAAAUCUAAUGUCGUCAUAACCCACUAAUUCAUCAUACAAAAUUCAUAGAAAAUAUCGAUUUUGACGUUUUGAAAAAACUUGAAUUUGACUAGUAGGAAACUAACCUAUUGGUAUUUAUCAUAAUCUGACCUAUGGCCACAGUUACUUAUCUCAUGUAUACUCAAGAAGUAGUGUUAGCAAGUAAGUCCAGUGCAUAUUAAUCUCUAUUAUCUCCAUAUGUAAUUUUAAUUCCAUUUUCACCAACCUCUUCUAAGUUUUAAGGAGCCCCUAAGCUAAAAUAGGUGACAUUUAAUGGAUGACAGUCUUCACCUACCUAUAGGUGAGACCUAACAAGACAAGCAAGGGGUUGGUUUAGGUGCUACGUGACGGCAAGUAACAUAUAGUUACUUAGGAGAUGGAAUAGGGGUGGUUGGUGAAAAUGGCCCAUAUGUACCCUAUCUUCAGCGUGUACUUCUAAUGAAACACACACACACACUUUUACGUAAUACUGAAACUAGUGGACUACAAUGUUGUGGUUGCUUGCAGACUGACUGACUUUAUUUUGCAAAAUUGUAAUGAAUACCAGUGUGGUACAUUUAUGACUAUGUAUAAAUUUUAUUGUAACUUUCGUGGGACAUACUAAAUUCAUUAUUAUGCUAUCGGCUUACUCAUAUAACUGUUAGACGAGGAACUCGACUAGUUUCAUACCACGCAAGAGACUUUUAUUCAUUAGCAGCAUUCCGCGACUGUCGCGCUGCUACUAGCGACUCGAGAUCCGCGCCCAGCGCGCCCUCUGUCUGAAAUUAUGUGUCACAGAAUGCUGCUCAUGAAUAUGGGCCUCCAGAAUGUCUUGAAACUAGUCGAGUUCGUCUUGAAAAAGUUGUAUAAGUUAAAUUAUUGACGGUAGAAUUUUGGGGAGAUAUACAAAAUAAUGUGAAUUCAAAACGAAGCCCAAACAUAAAAAUUUUCGAAAAAUCUUCAAGAAUAUUACACGAAUAGUCAGUCUGCAAACUUUUUUAACGAAUUAAUGACAUUAAUGUAUUUAUUUAUUAUAAUUUUUAUUUCACCAAACUGAUCUUUGUGAUGUACAUUUUAAUAUAAUUAUUUAAGGUUUUAUUUUUUUAAGAAUUGAUAAUUGCGGUCUAGCACAUUGGUUAAGUUAGCUAAUUUUUGGUCCGUCUAUGGUUACUGAACUGACAAGUAUUUCUUAUAUGGAAAUUAGAUCAAUAACUCCUUGUCGUGCAAUACGCGAAUGUCUAUGGAGACCACCUACUCUGCGUCUGACGAGAUACUUGUCUAUUAUCCUGACAUUUUACAAGUUAGCAGUAUACCUGGUACCCAGUUAUAUUAUGGCUUUAAUUUUAUUUUAUUUCUGACCAAAUUCACGAUUUUAUUUAAUUUAUUUUAAAUAUGUAAUCAAAUUAUGACUUUUUAUUCAUUGUAUUGUGAAUUUUUGUGUGACGAGACAUUUGUUCCCGUCGUAUUUUAAACGUUUAUUAACACUACAGUCUUAUGUAACACGUAUUUAAUCAUGCCCUCUAACUGCCAUACUCAGAAACAUUCAAAGAUUACUUAAACUAUCCCUCAGUAACUAUUUUGUUCCCAAAACAGUACCUAAAGGCUGGGUUAAGGAAUCAUUAAAUGACUCUGAGUAAGACAGUAAGUACUUAAUUAGUACAGAAACAUCACAAGUACUUAAAACAUUGUACUCUAAGCAAACAGUUCAAUUUAUUGUAACACGUUACUUGUGUGGAUGUGCUAAUUUAUUUGAUUUGAUUCCCAGUUGAGUACGUGCGUACAAGUGUGUGAUUUAGGCAUUUAAGUGUCUAGUCGUAGUUUGCCCACACGCCUGCAGUGGUACCGCAGAUGUUCUAUGGACUGUAUAGAUAGUUACUAACAAAGGAUUAGGAAAUAUUACGUAGCAUGGCUUGGUAAGUUACGCUUGGUGUCUGCGUACUUUCUGCAGACGUGUGGGCGGUGGCACUUCCUUCACUUAUUUAUUAUAUGAACUGUGUUAGCCAAUUUGGCUUGAACAAUACUUACCUAUGUCAUAAUGUCGUCAAUUGCAGUUUAAAUACUAAUCAUGUUACCUAAACGUACUGGAAUUUGCUUACAGCACCCGACAAUAAAUAUAGCACAUCGAUCUUCGGAAAGAGACGUUUGACCGAAUCACCAUGUAUACUGCUCAUGAUUACCCAAAUAACUAAUCGAGUACUUUCCUGGAAUCAUAGAAAUAUUUAAAAUUACAAAGAUAAAUGAUGGUAAUAUCACACAAAAUCUCUUUCCAAUAUUCGAUGUGCAAGAUUUAUUGCCAAGUACUGUAGAAUUAAAAAUAUCUAAAAAGAUCUGUAAUAUUGUAACAUCAGUACCCUUAGCGCGUUCGGCGCUCUGAUUGGUUGAUUUAUACAAGCCGGCCUAUCAAAGUACAGAACGCGCUCUCGUUUCGAUUACUUUAAACGUAAAUUAAACUCAUACUAAGGGUACUGGUUGACACAGAUUCAAGGAAGUGCCAUUUUUCCUAUAUAUUAUCUUAGAUGCGAUAAGAUAUGGCUUCGGUAAUUAUUUAUUAGUAUUCUAAUGUAAUUUUGAAUUAAUCAAUCCAGAAUAAAGUACCUAAUCAACAA